AUCCUUCCUAGGAGAUGCUGCAGAAUGCACCUCGGUUGCAAGGCUGACAUGGCAGCGAGGAUUAAUGCCUUCUCUUCUGCCUGCUGUGCUCCGAAUCUAUUAGACGCUGCUGUCAGUAUGUAAAUGCUCUGCCUGACAUAAACCUACUACUGCACCUCCCGUCUCUCGCUUCCAUCUCUAAGCAUUGCAUCGCAGUUUCUCAGCCGGCAUUUUCACCGUGCAAAAGACCAACUUGAUCUAAAAAAAAAAAAAAACUGUGAAAGGCUGCGUGAUCGUAUUAAUCUUGCUUUUAAUUCUGUCCUGUAUUUACCCGGCUGAAUAAUGUAUGCUGUAUUGUUAAUUAAUGUGAAUAUCAAAUUAAAGCGCCUGAAAACUAAUAUGCUCGCCAUGCAGGUAGGAGGAAUGGAAAAAAAAUCUAUUUUUAACUCCUGCAUCGCACUGUAGCUCGCCUCUUCUAUGCGGAAGUUCGGGCUAAGCAGCUGGUUCUCCGGGGGAACAGAGAAGUGGCCCUUUGCAGUGGUCAGUCCUGCCGUUAUUUGCACAAAGCUGCGGAUCAAUGAGACACAGCAGGAGUAAAACCCGGAGGUGGAUUCUCAUUGCUACCAAGAUCCGUUCCUCUCCAAUGGAAAAUCCACUUCUCGUGAAUCUCAGCCGUUCGAGCUGCUGUACAGCUGAUUUUACCGACGACAGCUCUUCAUCCCCAUGAAGCGUGGACCGAAUAAAAAAAAAAGGUUUCUUUUUAUUCUUCCAUAACUGCGCCGCACGCAGGAAGAUGGAAAGUAUUUUGUGUGUUGACAGUCCCUUAAAUGGUUCCUAGAGAUUUCCAUGCCUAAGUCAGAAUGUGCACUUCCGAAGACCUAGCAGAUUGUCUUCACGGAGAGAGUCUUCUCUGCAGUCUAAAUGAUCAGCGCAUGCAAGGUUUCUUGUGUGAUGUCACCAUCGUGGUUGAGGACACCAAAUUCAAGGCUCAUAGGAAUAUAUUGGCAGCCUCAAGUCUGUAUUUUAGGAAUCAGUUCCGGAGCCAGAGCAUCUUAAUACAAGGACAUGUCUUGGAACUAACAGAUUUUAAAGCCGACACGUUUACAGAGAUACUGAAUUUUAUUUACAGCUCAAAGAUUGCAGUAAAGAAAAAGGAGAUGCUUAGCGAUCUUGCAGAUGCAGGUAAAAAACUGGGAAUAACAUUUUUAGAAAAUAUUAAAACUUCCAAAAAAUGUUCAUCUGUCACAUGCUCAACAGAAACUGAGGGAACAUUACCGCCCGCGAAUUAUCGAGGAGAGAAUGGUAUGAAAUCAGAAACUGUAGAUAAAAAGGGAGAUGACCCUGCAGUUGCUAGUGGACCAAGAAUCACCAAUGCAUUUUCCAUUCUGGAAACGGAAGUCAAUGGAUUUUCUCCUCUUGACUUGAGAGCAAAUUUUAAGAAGACUAACGGCCCUUCUGAAGGAGAGAAUGAUAAAAGUAACUGUGAUAAUGGUGUCUGCAGCGAUGGCGAGCCUGUUAAUACCUUGGCUGAGCAUUCUUAUGCAGUGUCUCCUGGGGAUGCUCCAUAUAAGAGAGACUCUGUGUUUGAUCACAGCAAAAAGCUUAAUCAUGUAGGGGAUAGUGAAAGCACCACACCAUGUACAGUUCCUGGUAUCCAAGAACCGUCAUCUACUGGCAAUAUGCCUGUGAUAGAACCUCAGCGUUUUAUGCCCCAAACCAUAGUCCAGAGCAGUGCUUCAACAAAUAAUGUUAGCUGCUCAACAGACCAAACAACCAACCCUUCUGAUUUCUAUAGCCAAAGGGAAAAUGAAAGCCUCCAACUGCCACUUCCACCAAGUAACCCACCUGUCCCUCAGUCUUUCCGUGAAAAUGCACUUUAUCGACUUCCUAAAAGGCCUCAUGAGACAUUUAGCUGCAAGAAUUGCAGCAAAGAGUUUGCACAUUUCAAACGCUUACAGAGACAUGAACAAAUCUGUUUCAAAGUGGUUCAUACAGAAAAAGAUAUGAGGUUUCACAGCAGCCAUUCACAGGUUACAUCAGCUGAUGGAGCCUCGGACCAGAACGGCCUUCCGCAUGGCUCUUCAAUGGCAACGGACCAUUUUGUGAAGAUAGUAGAUGGUAAAAUAUUCUAUGUUUGCAUUGUGUGCAAGAGAAAUUAUGUUACCCUUUCAAGUCUUCGACGUCAUUCAAAUGUCCACUCCUGGAGGAAAUCUUAUCCUUGCCAUUAUUGCAGCAAAGUUUUUGCCCUAGCAGAAUAUCGAACUAAACAUGAAAUUUGGCAUACAGGGGAUCGACGGUAUCAGUGCAUAUUCUGCCUGGAAACUUUUAUGACUUAUUACAUCCUUAAAAAUCAUCAAAAAUCUUCUCAUGGAAUUGAUCCAAGGUUAGGUGUGAGCAGUAAAGCAAACAAUAGAGGCCUGAAAUCUAGCAUCUAUCCCUACAAACUAUAUCGACUUUUGCCAAUGAAGUGUAAAAGGGCUUCCUUGAAUAGCUCUAGAAAUGACUCCACAGAACAGCCUGGAAUCCAUUUCCAAGGACAGAAUUCCUUUAACAUGGCCACUGUUGUUCAAAAUCCAAUGAUCUCUCAGCCGUUUGCUUUGGAAAACCAGGAAAGCUUUGCUUGUACACUAGACCCAGCAUCACAAAAUGCUGCAACCACAAACCAGGACUCUUGGUCAUUUAACAUAAUACAGUGUGAUAAAAAUGCUAAUGUUUUACCUGCCCUGAAUUUGAGCUCUUCCAGUGAAGUUUUAGACUCCAUGCCGAAAGAAUGUGACAGUGAAGCCUGUUCUUCUUAUACUGAUAGUCAAAGUAUUCCUUCUGUUAUCAACACUAGCAAGUCGGCACCUUCUGUGAUUAUGCACAGCAGUAGGGUAUCUUCUGUGAUAAUGCAUGGAAAUGCUGUGACCGGAGGUACAGCCACAAAUGGAAUUGGAUGGAAACAGAGUAGAACCAUUGUAUCACCAGAAAGAGAAGAUACUCAUCAGGGAAAUAAUGUUGAAGCUACACAGACAAAGUCCACAAGUCAGGAAGAGCAAUCAGAAAAGAGCAGGGCAAGAGAAUCUCACCAGGAGAGGCAAGAAUACAUACAACCUGCCACUUCAUAUAAAAAGAACAAAAGCGUAAUUAAGGAAGGAAAUAAAACAGAAACGUACAUUGCAAAACCAGCGUUACCUGGAACUCUUGUAAACAGUGGCAUUGCGCCUCUUUGCCAGAUCACAGUCAAAAUUGGAAGUGAAGCUUUGGUGAAAAGACAAAUCUCUGGUUCAUCACUGUUUUUUAGGAAAAACGGAAGACCAAGGCAUUCUGAGCCCAAACCAGAGAAAGUAAGGCAAGAAUCGGAUGAAGACAAGAAAGAGAGGAGCUCCAUUCGACUCCGUAAAUCAGAAUGUAUUCAGAUGGAAGAGAUGUGUGAUGACGCUAGUGACCAGGAUGUGUCUGACAAACCAUGGCGACCUUACUAUAACUACAAACCUAAAAAGAAAUCUAAGCACUUUAAGAAAUUUAGAAAACUUAAGAAAAAGAAAAAACACAGCCGACCUAGAUUUGUCGAGGAGGAUAUCAGCGAAGAAGAGAAGGAUGUUGAAGUGGACAUUAAAUGUUCUUCUAGAGAUGCUGAAGAUCAAGAAGAUAGAGAGGAGAAACCUCUGGAGACUGAAGAUUACAAAGACCAUGAAAAAACUGAUAGGGUGGAGGAAAUGGCUGCAGCACAGUGGCAACUGGACAGCAAACCGUUUUUUUGUGAACUGUGUCAAAAAUCUUUUCGGAAUCUUUCAACAUUAAAAGUGCACAUGCGAUGCCACACGGGGGAGAAGCCCUAUCCUUGUAAGACAUGUGGAAAGUGCUUCUCCUUCCCAGGGAAUUUAAACAAACAUGAACGCAUCCACCAGACUGUAAAGAACUUCACGUGUCAGUACUGCAACAAGUCUUUUAUGUUACAUGAAACUCUGAAGAAGCACGAGAGGAUUCACACUAGGGAAAAAACAUAUGACUGUCAGUUUUGCUCCCAGCAGUUCCUAUAUCUUUGUACAAAAAAUAACCAUGAGCAAAAACAUUUAGCAGAACAGAGCGUCAAAGGCUUUGUUUGUUUCCAUUGUUCUAAAGUCUGCAAAACCGCUGCAGCUCUUGGGAUGCACCAAAAAAAGCACUAUCUUAAGGGUCUAAAGCAUAAAGAGCAUAAAGACUUUUCACCUUCUACAGGCGACAUAGGAAGCUGGUGUAAUGUUGCCAGUGCUACUAACAAAGAAUCCAAUAUUGUCGGAGAAAGAAGUUCCCUGAAUGUGCCUGAAAGUUUUCCCCCUUCCUUUGAUGACUGCGAGGCUCCGUUGUUGUCUUUUAACAACAGUGUUACAGAAGUAAUCCCCCAGAAUGUUAAUGCUGCAAGUCUCGUGGAGAAUGUAAAUGAAAUUGGAGAAAGCGAUAGCCAUUUCAUGACUCCAGCGCCACCUCCGACUGGAUUAAACAGCAGCGUGCUGAUCGAGGCCCCGAGAGGCUGGAAGCACUGGAAAACAAGACAGUACAACUUAGAGGAAAGCAUGAACUCUGAUCAUUCGUCUUUGAAAGAGAGUACUAAGACUUUCACCGAAUUAAAGACAAUGACUAGUUUUGAGACUCCAUUUGUCCCGUAAAGGACCGAGACGGGAUACGGCAAACUGUUUUGUUAACCCCUUUGCUGCCACAGGGCAACCGCAGGUCCCAUUGCAGCAAAAAUGGUUAAACUAGUCAAAAGUUAAUAAAAAGUUUAGUGUUAAUAAGUGUUAAUUUCCUCAGCUGUACAUCCAAGCACCAGUCCUGUGUAGAAAAAAAAAAACUGCUUAUAAUGUGUUUUUGAGAGCAGGUAACACCUUCUGUGCAGAUUAUAGUAUAAUAUACGUUUAUUAAAGCAGCAGUCAAUGGUGGGAAUUUAUGCAUUCUGAUUUCAGAAAGUCACAGAAUAGGAUUCAAUAGUCUCAAUCAUUUUGCAACAUUUUGCAUAUUUUGACACCACUCUAGUUUUGGAAAGUGAAUGUGGAUAGCCUGUCGAAGUCGCAAUAAUUGUCACACUGUGCAGCAACAUCUUAAGACAGAAGUGUUAGACUUGAAGGGGCUGUGCAGCUAGUAAUAUUGAUCACCUAUCAUUAGGAUAGGUCAUCUAUAUCUGAUUGGUGGGGGUCUUACUCCCAGCACCCCUGCUGAUCAGCUAUUUGAAGAGGAGGCGGUGCUUCAAGGGACACUGCUUCCUCUUCAAAAUUACACUGCUUGUCAUCUCGAUGGCAGCAGCAGCGCAGUGUAAUUACAAAUACUGGUUACAUACAAGUGAAUGGAACAAGCACUUGUAAUUACACUGUGCCGCCGAAAUUUCCCAAGACGACGCGCAGUGUAAAUUUGAGGAGGUAGUAGCGCUAGCACAAGCGCCGCCUCCUUCAAACAGCUGAUUGGCGAGGGUGCUGGGAGUCGGACCUCGAUUGAUCAGAUUGAUCCUGAGGAUAGGUAAUCAAUAUUACUGGCUGCACAGCCCCUUUAAAGUUUCACCACAUCAUGCAACAUUUGACGAAUCGGGCACAGUUUACAGCAACACAGUCUCCUGUGACACUGUUUUUAAAUAUUCCCCUCAUGAUAAAUCUCCCCCCAAUGUGUUUUUCUACAUACAUGUUGUGGGUUCAGCUCAGCCCAUAGAAAUUCUCUUACCGUUCAUUGUACACCAGAUUGAGGGUUUCCAUGUUCCCCAUAAAUGUAAAAAUGAUGUGACGUUUAGCACCUGACAGCACUUUCCUGUAAUGGUAUGACAGCUGACCGCCCAGCUCGUGCUGAUGUUGUAGUGCCGUUAUCUAUAGGCUACAACUGUGUGGACUGCUUCUUUUAAUACCAUAUAUUAUGCUACAUUUAGUAGAAACUGUACAGUAUAUUUUCUAUUGUAUUUAGUGUAUUAUUUAGGAAAUAGCUCACUGCAGCCAGGACAAAAGAAAAAAAACAAUGUGUAUCUUCAAAAUCUGAAUCACACAUAAUAUGUUAUAGUGAAUUAUACUGUUAACACAAAAUAACUAUUUGUCAUCAUUUCUCUAAAAACUGCAUUCUUUAGACUUUAACAUUCUUCAGUGUUGUACUGGUCGUUGGCGCAUGAGCAACAUUUAUCAUUAUGCACGGGAUAGGUGAUCGGUGGGGGUCUGACUGCUUGGACCCUUACCUAUCACGAGAACGGGGGUCGUUGGUCGUGCAUGCACACUAUGUUCAGUCUAUUGGACUGACAGAGCCUAGUACAGCACUCAUUUGUCUUCAUCAGCCCUAUAAACAGUAUAUGUUGUAGUAGUGUGCAUGCAUGACUAUUGCUUUGCACAGAUGGCCCCCCCCAUUCUUGUGAUUGGUGGGGAUCCCGGGAGUCAGACCUCCAGCGAUCAUAGAGUUAUCAUUAUCCAGCAGAUAGGUGAUAAAUGUUGUUUGUGAGCCAACCCCUUUAAUAAUUUUUUUUUUUUGCCUUUUUUUUUUUCUAAGAUUGUGCCUGAAAGAACCGGAAAGAAUGGAAGAUAAUUUUAUCUAUGCAACCAAAGGAUAUUUCUUUUUCAUUGCAUUUUUUGUGUUAAAUUUGCCAUAAGCCUAAGUAUUUUUUGCACAUUUCAGCAAAUCCUAAAAUCCCAUGGCCUGUUGUGUAUCAGUCUUGGCUUCCUUCAGGCUAUUAUAACAGUCUCCAGUCUAUUUGGGUUGGCGAUUUUCCUUCCCAUUUUCCCCCCAGUCAUGGGGUUCCUUGUUUCUAAAAGCAGGGAGAUGAAGUAAGUGAGCUGGGACUGUGGACUUACACCUAACCCCAUGUCAGCGAUAAAGACUUGGAGGGUAGUGAGAGCUUAAAUAUUCAGGUAAAACCAAUUUCUCCCUGUUUUUUUUUUUUAAAUCAAACCAUUUUUAUUGACUUUUAUAGUUAGAAAUAACAGUACAACAAGUACAAUACAAUGACUCCCCUGAAACCCCUUCCACCCUCCCCUCCCUCCUCCAUGCAGUGUCCUCCCCCACCCCAGCAGACACAAUUUCUCCAUGUUUGACUGGGUACCAGUCAUGUUGAACCCGCUUUCCAAUCUGCAGGCAGCAUGUUAUAGAUUAGGAGGAGCUGAGCAAAUUAAUGUAUAGUUUUGUAGAAUAUUCAGUGUACAGUAUUUUAUUCAGUGAAAUCCCUAAUAGCGCUGGGUCUAUGAGUCUAGUCUAGUGGAAGGUCCUACUCACUGAUUGACUACCCUAUAUGUAUACUCUUGCAAGGCAGACUGUGAUGCAUUCAGUGACUCUCUUCACCAGAUUUAUGAGCCCAAAUUGAUUUAUUCAUUCAUUAUUUAAAUGAAUAAAUUAUUAUUUAAAGGCUAUGAACACGUUCAGGGGCACAUUUUUUUAUGUACGAUUGAAUUUUAUUCAUUUUGGGCUAAAGUAAUUUUUUCAAUUAGUCUUUACUAAAAAAAAAUCUGCAGUUUUUGUUCUACAGAGUAGCUUCAGUCUAUCUGCAGAGGAUCUUACUUUCAGUUUCUCAGUGAAUCUGUGAGGUUGCUGCUGUGAUGGCUGGAUGUAAAGCCCUUAUCUCUGAACUCCUGACAGAUCUUAAACACUCAUUUUCAUUCAUAUUCUUAUCAGUCUUAUAAGAAUUUAGCUAUAAUGUGUGUUUAUGACCUGUCAGAGAUCUGGUGAGCGCUGCAGCUUCCCAAAACAGCUGAUCGGCGAGGGUGCUGGGACUUGCAUCCUGCUGAUGUAAUAUUGAUGACCUAUGCUGUGGAUAGGUCAUCAAUAUUAUUUCCCGGAUAACCCCUUUAACCCUUUAUAAUAAAAAGUGCUGACAUUUUUUAAUAAAGACCAAUUGAAAAAUAUAUUUUCAGCCCAAAAUGGCCCCCAUGGUGUUCAUAGCCUUUACGUCUUAUGCAUAUUGUCAUAUUAUGGCUCUUUACCACCUCUGAGUUGUAUGGAGCCAUAAUACAAGAAUUUAUAUAGAGGCAUAUAGAUUAUUUCUUCUAGGGGAUAUCUGAAAUAUGGUUCUGCUGUUUGCUUGAGGUUUUGAAUCCAAUCUGUUACUACAAAACGGUAUAUCAAUCUGACCCUCCAACGCUAUAACAUAAUGCACACAGAUAAGACAGUAUGUUCAGCGUGAUGGGUUUUCGUUAAAGGUAAUGGCAUUUAGGCCACUUUCACAUUGUCAGUAUUUGGUCAGUAUUUUUUACCACUAUUUGUAAAGCCAAAACUCGGAGCAGGUCCAAAAGAUAGAGGCACAAAUAUUUUCUUGAUACUUUGCAGUUUCUAGUCUUGGUUUUGGCUUGCAAAUACUAAUGCUAAAUACUGACUGGUCUUAUAAUUCAGUAUCUUGAGUCCUAACUUUAUCAAAGAUAUGAUGGCAUAUUUAUUGCAUAUUUAUGGUUUCACAGAGCCACAAAAGAUAUUCCAUGUUAACUUUAUUUGCCCCACACUAUAGAACAUUCAGGGAACCUAUUUUUGUAUAUGACAACUAAGCGCACACUUCGAGGAAACUUCAUUUAACAAACCCUAGAUGACUGCCUUUUUAUUAUUGUUAUCUAAAAUUUACUAAUUUGCUUAAUUAUGGUAAAUUAUGGCAAUACCAUGUCUUGCAUGUGACCUCAAUGUUUCCCUAUGGGGGA